AUGCCGUUCAGCGCCGAGGUCAUUAAGCCGCCCCUUCAUGACCAAAUAACAGAACUGCAGAGGAAAAUUCAACUUCUUGGUAGGUGAAGUAGUUGCAGCAGGCUAGCUAGGCUGGUACCGGUAACGUACGAAUGCUAGUUAAAUAGCUAGGCCUAGUUGUGCGUGUGUGAACGCCAUGUUGAAUAGCAAAUUCAGACUUUGCAUUAGCACUAUCUUGCUAACAUUAUACUAAAGAUUCUUAGCUACCUCCAUCUGUGAGGUUACUUUACUCUCACUGGGAAAUAUAUGACCACAUGAAGCUAUGAUGAAAGAUAGAAUGUUAGCUAUCUACUUUGUUGCAAUCAUUUUGCAAGGUCAGGUGAUGGGUAGGCCAUGUUGCUAGAAAUAGUAAAAUGCUUUAGCCUAUCUUCCUAUCCAUUAAAAUUAAUUGAGUAAUGGGGAACAGUUUGGGACCAAAAAUGCCAAUGACAUUAAACUUUUUAUGAAAUACACUAUAUAUACAAAAGUAUGUGGACACCCCUUCAAAUUAGUGGAUUCUGCUAUUUCAGCCACACCCGUUGCUGACAGGUGUAUAAAAUCGAGCACACAGCCAUGCAAUCUCCAUAGACAAACAUUGGCAGUAGAAUGGCCUUACUGAAGAGCUCAGUGACUUUCAACAUGGCACCAUCAUAGGAUACCACUUUCUGCCCUGCUAGAGCUGCCCCGGUCAACUGUAAAUGUUGUUAUUGUAAAGUGAAAACGUCUAGGAGCAACAACGGCUCAGCCGCGAAGUGGUAGACUACACAAGCUCACAGAAUGGUGAGUGCUGAAGCGCAUCUGUCCUCGGUUGCAACACUCACUACCGAGUUCCAAACUGCCUUUGGAAGAAAUGUCAGCACAAAAACUGUUAGUCGGGAACUUCAUGAAAUGGGUUUCCAUGGCCGAGCAGCAGCACACAAGCCUAAGAUCACCAUGCACAAUGCCAAGCGGUGGCUGGAGGGGUGUAAAGAUCGGCAUAUUGGACUCUGGAGCAGUGGAAACGCGUUCUCUGGAGUGAUGAAUCACGCUUCACCAUCUGCCUGUCCGACGGAUUAAUCUGGGUUUGGCGGAUGCCAGGAGAACGCUACCUGCCCAAAUGCAUAGUGCCAACUGUACAAUUUGGUGGAGGAGAAAUAAUGGUCUGGGGCUGUUUUUCAUGGUUUGGGCUAGGCCCCUUAGUUCCAGUGAAGGGAAAUCUUAACGCUACAACAUACAAUGGUUUGUCGAGAUCGGUGUGGAAGAACUUAACUGUCCUGCACAGAGCCCUGACCUCAACCACAUCGAACACCUUUGGGAUGAAUUGGAACGCUGACUGCGAGCCAGGCCUAAUCGCCCAACAUCAGUGCCCGACCUCACUAAUGCUCUUGUUGCUGAAUGGAAGCAAGUCACUGCAGCAAUGUUCCAACAUCUAGUGGAAAGCCUUCCCAGAAGAGUGGAGGCAGUUAUAGCAGCAAAGGGCCCAACUCCAUACUAAUGCCCAUGAUUUUGGAAUGAGAUGUUCAACGAUCAGGUGUCCUCAUACUUUUGGUAAUGUAGUGUAGCUAGUUCACUGUUUCAUUAAAUAAGACUAAGAGAUGGCCAAAAGUCAGUCAGGGGAUGCUGAAAUAAUUAAAUUGUGAAUUCGUCCAACAGAGGGCGACAGAAGUGCAUACUAUGACAUUUCUCAAUCCAGCAUCAAGAAAAACAGGGAUUCCAUCCUUCAGCUGAGGCAGGAGAACAAGAGACUACACAAGAAGUUGGCAGACGCUCUUGCUGUAAGUAAAACUGGUUAUUCUAUCAAAAAUGUUUUGGUUUCAAUACUCAACUUGUACAUCCCAGGUUGUUUUUCCCCUGUUAGAACUUUGGAGUGCAGGGUUGUAUUCAUUAGUGUGCAUCGUAACAAAACAUUUUGGAACUGAAAAUGAAAAGGAGUGUUUAUUAUUGGACAAGUUGAGGUAGUCCUUCCCUGUUACAGAGCUUUUUCUUUCUCUCAUCCAGGGGGACGAGCAGGUGAUAAAGGAGGCCUUCCAAAGCCGAGGCAAUGAGAAAGCUGCCUUCAGAAACAUGUCAGGGAAGGUGGGGACAUCGCUAACACAUGGCUAUAUUCGUUUGUUGUAUGUAUAUUUUGAUGUAAAGCAAAUUGCCCGUUGGGGAUAAUGAAGAUGAUCUACUCUUUUCUACUCUACUUUGCAUCCUGGUGAGCAGGCUGCUCUCAAGGUGCUGGACCAGAAGGUGUGUGACAAGAUGAAGAAGCUGAACGCUCUAAAGCACACCACCCAGACGUACCGCCGUCGCCUGGAGGACCUACAGACACAGUACCAGAGGAUGAAGCUAGAGAACAGGGGACCAGAGAGAGACACGGAGAGACGCAACGAGGAGGCCAAGGUACAAUUAUAGAGACAAAUGGAACCCUAUUCCCUAUAUAGUGCAGGACAGACAGACGACAGACAGACAGACAGACAGACAGACAGACAGACGACAGACAGCAGGACAGGCAGACAGAAGACAGACAGACAGACAGACAGAAGGAAACAGGACGGACUGACUGACUGACUGACUGACUGACACACACAAAUUAGUGAAUAUAGUGGUAUGAAUAUAGUGGAGGUGACUGAUGUGUUGCCCUUGGUCCACAGAGUGAAGGAAAGGCGGCUGAGGAGCAUCCCCAAAAGGUUACGCUCCUUCCUUCCAUGCUGCCUCACCCUUCUGAUUCUAGCCAGUCUAGUCACAAUCAGAAACUUUUCAAACACUUAGCAUGCCCAGCACAGGAUCAAUCAACCAUCUAUAAGUGUGUGUGUGUUGUCUGCCUGUGUGUGUGUGUCUGCCUGUGUGUGUGUGUGUCAUCUUCCAGAACUUGCGGGUGCUGGAGAAUCGUCUGGAGAAAGCCCAGCUGAAGUGCCAGGAGGCUGAACACAUCAUGAGGGGCUAUCUGAAACUAAAGGCCCACCUACAGGUUAGUCCUAGCCUGGUCCCAGAUCUCUUUGUGCUGUCUCGCUAACUCGCCCCACAUCUAACCUUAUUUAACCAAGCCAUGGCCGCAAACCCUCUCCAAUGUGCUCUUUGGGUAGUUGAAUCCUUUUCCAUGACCUACUCUAAUUUCCUAAUAGAUGAUAAAGUAGCCUACCUCGCUCUUUGUCUUGUUUGGCUCAGUGGGUAAGUUGUGGGUUCGAUUCCCGCUGGGGCUACCCAUACCCGCACUCACUGAUGUAAGUAGCUUUGGAUAAAAGAGUGUGCUAAAUGGCAUAUAUUAUAAUUAGGAGGAGAGCCUGACCUUCCAGUCCCAGCUGGAUAAACUAGAGGCUGAGAUCCUGAGACAGAGACAGGAGCUGAAGGACCUGCAGGUCAUGAACAGUGACGCACUCCUCUCCAAAGACGCCUGCCAAGGUGACCAGCACACAUACACACACACACGUCUCUCCAAAAACACUGCCAAGGUGACCAGCAUGGUUAUUAUUAUUGUAACUGAGGACCGUCACGUACCUCUCCUCUUCAUGCAUCACCAUAUAGUCAUUGAUGUGUCCAUCAUGUGAAGUCCAGCUGUCUGCAUUUACAGCUAUUUGUUGUGAGUUUAAUGCUUUUUUUGUCUUGAUCUCUCUAUCUAUCUCUCUCUCUUUCUCUCUCUCUCUCUCUCUCUCUCUCUCUCUCUCUCUCUCUCUCUCUCUCUCUUUCUAUCUCUCUCUCUCUCUCUCUCUCUCUCGCUCUCUCUCAGGCAGAGCUGCAGCGUCAAGAAGACCAGAUGUAUAGGGAGAGGAAGGACAGAGAGUGUAUCCUCACCCGCUACAAGAAGGAGGCAGAGGAGCGCAAGGCCCAGGCUGAGAGAGUGGAGAGAAGGGUGGGUCACCACCACUUUACAGUUACAUCCAUAGAAUAACAAUGACAAGAAUGGAUAUUCCUAUUCAAGUCAAAGUUCCAUGAUGGAUGGACCGGCCGCCAUAUUAGGUGUAGCCAGGGCUGUUUUAUAGUAUUUUGGGGGCCCUAAGUGAGAUUUGGUUUGGGGCCUCCCCCACCUAGCGGGCAAAACAUUUCAGUGGCCACCCUCUUGAAAAAAUGUCAAGUUAAUGUCCUGCAAUUCUACAAAUUGGGGCAGAUAGAACAUUUUGCAGUAUUAAAACAUAUGUGAUUCUACUCAUUUUGGCCCCUGGGCAGGUGCCUUGCUUGCCCAGUCAGUAAUUCGGCCAGGAAUACUACAAGGUUUAGAUAGCAACUUACCUAGCAAUCUAUAACAUGUUAGCUGACAUGGCUAAUUGAGUGACUGUCAGGUGACUGACAUAACACGAGACAAACUGCUGAUGCACAACCACAUUUUGAAAUUGCACCUUGUGUAUUCUACUAUUCUAACUAACAGUAAGUUGAGACCCCGACUGACUUCCUAAAAAAAAUACAAAUAAGCAUCCGCUUAUGUCGCUUAUGCCUAGAAACGGCACUGGGCGUACCCAUAUCAAGGAAAAUAAAACGAGGUGCUGUGUCCAUUCUAUUUAGCUAUAUAUCUACACCUCUUACAUCUCACUUUGUCUACAGAGUAAAUGUCUGUCCUGAUGUCUGUCCCCUUCCCUCCAGGCCCAGCGUGCAGCCAUGCAGCCAGACGAGCUGAGCAGCGAGGCCCAGCGCAGUGCCACCGGGUUGGGGGAGGAGGAGAGGGCCAUCUCCACCUUCGAAGAAGCCUUCAGACGCAUUAAGGAGGCCACAGGGGUAACUGACACACAGGUACGGAGAGGAGGUCAUUGUAAAAUAUAUGAUUCUUUAGUUUUGAGUGGGUUUGUGUGUCUUUGUAUGCAGGUGUGUACGUGUGUUAGUUUAUUUAUGCACCUACUGUAUCCAUGUGUGGUGUAUGCAAGUUUGGUGUGUUUUUCACCUAUUUAUGCUUGUGAGUGCGCAUGUAUGUGUGUAUUCAUCUACAGUACCAGUCAAAAGUUUGGACACACCUACUCAUUCAAGGGUUUUUCUUUAUUUUUACUAUUUUCUACAUUGUAUAAUAAUAGUGAAGACAUCAAAACUAUGAAAUAACACAUAUGGAAUCAUGUAGUAACCAAAACAAGUGUUUUGAUGACAGCUUUUUACACUCUUGGCAUUCUCUCAACCAGCUUCAUGAGGUAGUCACCUGGAAUGCAUUUCAAUUAACAGGUGUGCCUUGUUAAUUUGUGGAAUUUCUUUCCUUCUUAAUGCGUUUGAGCCAAUCAGUUGUGUUGUGACAAGGUAGGGUUGGUAAACAGAAGAUAGCCCUAUUUGGUAAAAGACCAAGUCCAUAUUAUGGCAAAAACAGCUCAAAUAAGCAAAGAGAAACGACAGUCCAUCAUUACUUUAAGACAUGAAGGCCAGUCAAUACGGAACAUUUCAAGAACUUUGAAAUUUCUUCAAGUGCAGUUGCAAAAACCAUCAAGCGCUAUGAUGAAACUGGCUCUCAUGAGGACCGCCACAGGAAAGGAAGACCCAGAGUUACCUCUGCUGCAGAGGAUAAGUUCAUUAGCGUUACCACCCUCAAUAAAUGCUUCACAGAGUUCAAGUAACAGACACAUCUCAACAUCAACUGUUCAGAGGAGACUGCGUGAAUCAGGCCUUUAUGGUCGAAUUCCUGCAAAGAAACCACUACUAAAGGACACCAAUAAGAAGAAGAGACUUGCUUGGGCCAAGAAACACGAACAAUGGACAUUAGACCGGUGGAAAUCUUUCCUUUGGUCUGAUGAGUCCAAAUUUGAGAUUUUUGGUUCCAACUGCCGUGUCUUUGUGAGACGCAGAGUAGGUGAACGGAUGAUCUCCGCAUGUGUGGUUCCCACCGUGAAGCAUGGAGGAGGAGGUGUGAUGGUGUGGGGGUGCUUUGCUAGAGACACUGUCUGUGAUUUAUUUAGAAUUCAAGGCACACUUAACCAGCAUGGCUACCACAGCAUUCUGCAGCGAUACGCCAUCCCAUCUGAUUUGCGCUUAGUGGGACUAUCAAUUAAUUUUUCAACAGGACAAUGACCCAAAACAUACCUCCAGGCUGUGUAAGGGCUAUUUGACCAAGAAGGACAGUGAUGGAGUGCUGCAUCAGAUGACCUGGCCUCCACAAUCACCCGACCUCAACCCAAUUGAGAUGGUUUGGGAUGAGUUGGACCUCAGAGUGAAGGAAAAGCAGCCAACAAUUGCUCAGCAUAUGUGGGAACUCCUUCAAGACUGUUGGAAAAGCAUUCCAGCAUUCUACAAUGUAGAAAAUAGUAAAAAUAAAGAAAAACCCUUGAAUGAGUAGGUAUGUCCAAACUUCUGAAUUGUGGUAUAUAUCUGCCUGUGUGUGUAUGCGCAUGUGUGUGUGUUCAUAUAUCUCUGUGUCCCUAUGCAGGAGGUGGUGGAGAGGUUCAUCUCCCAGGGAGACACCCAGCAGCACCUGGAGGAUCUGAAGAAGGAGAACCACAGAACCCUGCUACAGCUGAAGGAGGACAGGGACCGUCUGCACAAACACUUCCAGGACAUUAAGUACUCCGGGGAGGCCAAGCUCUCCAGGUCAGUGGACAGGGGUUAGAGGUCAAGGGUUAGGGAUUACAUAGCAAACAUAGCAGGCCAGAGAAGUUGGAAGUGGAUGCUGAUUAUUUAUUAAAACAAUGAACCUCAGAACCGAUCUUGGGGGAUUGUAAAUUGUGGGAGAAGACCAAUCAAGCAACUAACUGUCAAGUUGUGGUACAAAAGUUGGUCUGAAAGUUUCCUCUCCUAGAGUUGAGUGUGUCUGUAAUGUAAUUCUGAUGGAUAUUUCUUACUGUCCUUUCUUCUACAGUGGUCAGCAGAUGCUGGAAGACUGUAAGCACCACCUGCAGGCAGAGCAGGGGAGGCGCGACGCCGCCAAGGAGCGUCUGGACUGGCUGACCCGUACCCUGAACACGGUCCGGGCCGGGGUGGAACACCUAUCUGACAAACUGCAGCACAUCAAACUGGUACAGAGAAGACCCCAUUAACAAUAUAAUGUACACUGACCCGAGACCUGUCAAAUUGUUUAGAUCUUUAAAUGUUUAGAUGAAGUUGCAUUGGGCAACCUUGUAAAAAAAUGUGAAGGUGCUCAGAAACAUUAUGUCAAUUUUGUCCUCAAACACCUUCUCCCCUCCUCCAGGGUGAGGGCCCUGCCCCCCAGCUGCCCCCCGGCUCAGAGGAGUACGUGGUGGAGCUGCUGUCCCAGUCAGAACAGAAGCUGUUGUUACUGCAGGAGGAGCUCCAGGGGAACGACCUGGCCGCCAUCAUGAAGGAGAUGGAGGAAGAGGAGGUGAGGAGGGAGGAGGGGGAGGAGAGAUGGGGAGGAGGAGGAGGAGGAGGAGGGAGAGGGGGAGGGAAAGGACCUGGCCGCCAUCAUGAAGGAGAUGGAGGAAGAGGAGGUAGGAGGAGGAGAGGGAGGAGAGGAUCAGGGAUAGGACUCUUCCUUAUUCGUUAAACAUUGAUUGUUGCUGCCAUAGAAAUUGAAUGAAUGGGAAUAAGCCCCUUAGACCACGGCAGUUUGACAGUACACUCAUGUGUAUACUCAUUAUUUUUCAGUGAUUGCUGCUCCCAACAGUGAAUUGGGUAUUGUAGAGACAGACAGGUGUUUUAGACAGUAUAUGGAGCACCUACUCCAAUAGGUCCUGCCAGGGUAAAGCUUUAUGACCUGAAUACCAUCAGGUUAUUUUCCAUCCAUUCACUACUCUACUCCAAGGUUGCCAGCCACACCAGCCAGACUAGAUGCUACACACAGCCCAUGUUAUUUUAAUCUGUGCACUGGUGCUUGAAUAGCUUAUCUGUACCUGGAUGGAAAUACAGCCAUUAGGUGUUUGAUCUUGAUUGUUAAUGAGCCACAGCCAGCCGGCAACCUUGAAGUCACCCCCUGGUGAGUGUUCCAAGAGUCAGAGGGUACGGGUGGUGGUACACCGUUAGCGCUUGUGAUAUAACAAUGUCUGUCUGGGAUUCUCUAAUGGCAUUGACUUUGACUGGUCUCAAGUUGUAUGCCUUUGCAUUUUGAAGGCAUAAGCCCUGGUCCCAGAUCUUGGUGCUUUAUAGCCAACUCCUAUGGUCGAAUAAACAGACCUGCUUGAAUAAAAUGUUCCCUUUCACAUCUUAUGAGGUCAGACUGAGAACAACUGUCUGAUUGUCUCUGUGUCUGUGUCUGUGGUGCUGCGUCAGUUCCAUGCCAGCAUCGAGGGGAAGCUGCCCCAUUACAACACCCGCAUCAAGCUGCCUGAGGCUCAGAGACAGGACCCAUAUGAUGGUGAGAUAGGAUCAGACACAUGUACACACGCACACACACAAACACAGUAACAUUUUAAAAAACGAUGACUAUGAGACUUUCUCUCUCGCUCGCUCUCUCAAUCCCUCUUUCUCUUUUCCCUCUCUUUCAGAAGAGGAGGAGAGCGGGGACGACGAGGGUGACAUUAUCACCAGGGCGAUACUGAAGCACCAGUCUCAGCUCAUCAUCGACUCCAAGACUAAAAGGAAGACCAGGACCAAGAAGAAAAAGGGCAAGCUCUGAUCCUAGAUCAGUUAGGCUGGCUAGAGGUCACAAUAAAUAUAAUUACUAGAAUGGGGAUGUCAGCUCU